GGUGGGGACACAGCGUGUGCGCCCCGCCCCCUCCCGGGAGCGGCACCAGGCUCAGGCUGAUCGCCUCUAGGCACCCAGACACCAUGGGGAAGCUAGUGGUGCUGACCGUGCUGGGGGCCAGCUUGGCCUUAAUAGGCGAGAGGCUUCUGACAUUCAGAGAAAGAGUUGCCACAUCACGAGAAAUAAAGUCCACAGCACCGAAGAACUGCCACCUGAUUGAAGGACUCGAGAAUGGCUCUGAAGAUAUUGAUAUACUUCCUAGUGGGCUGGCUUUUAUCUCUACUGGAUUAAAAUAUCCAGGCAUGCCAAACUUUGCACCAGACAAACCAGGAAGGAUUUUCCUGAUGGAUCUGAAUGAGCCAAACCCAAAGGCACAAGCACUGGAAAUCAGUGACGGUUUUGACAAGGAGACACUGAAUCCUCAUGGGAUCAGCACCUUCAUUGACAAAGACAACACUGUGUAUCUUUAUGUCGUGAAUCAUCCUCACAUGGAUUCCACUGUGGAGAUAUUUAAAUUUGAAGAACAGCAACGUUCUCUCAUCCACCUGAAAACUAUAAAACACGAACUUCUCAAGAGUGUGAAUGACAUUGUGGUUCUUGGGCCAGAGCAGUUCUAUGCUACAAGAGACCACUACUUCACCAGCUACUUCUUGGUACUUCUGGAGAUGAUCAUGGACUUUCACUGGACUUAUGUUCUUUUCUACAGCCCAAGAGAGGUCAAAGUAGUAGCCCAAGGAUUUAGUUCUGCCAAUGGAAUCACAGUCUCACUAGACCAGAAGUAUGUCUAUGUAGCUGAUGUAAUAGCUAAGAACAUUCACAUAAUGAAAAAACAUGAUAAUUGGGAUUUAACUCAAGUGAAGGUCAUUCAACUAGGCACCUUAGUGGAUAACUUGACUGUGGACCCUGCCACGGGAGAUAUUUUGGCAGGAUGCCAUCCUAACCCCAUGAAGCUAUUGACCUACAACCCUGAGGACCCUCCAGGGUCAGAAGUACUACGCAUCCAGGAUGCUUUGUCCGAUAACCCCAGGGUGAGCACACUCUAUGCCAAUGAUGGCUCUGUGCUUCAGGCCAGCACUGUGGCUUCUGUGUACCGUGAGAAAAUGCUCAUAGGCACUGUGUUCCACAAAGCUCUGUAUUGUGAACUCUAGAUCUUUCUCCAAAAUCUUCAUAAUUUUCAUAUUUGGCAAAAGUAAAAUUAUAAUUGUAUGCUAAAUGGAACUAUAAUUACUUGCAAUUAUGAGGGACGUGUGUUUGGUUUUUCUUAUGGAGAAAAGAAAAGGAGUAUAGAAACAUAUCUACGAAAUCAAGAGUCAAGUUAAUGUUGAGCCAACCAGAAACCCAUAUAUACUGCUUUGUCGGGUGUCCCCAAUAUCCUGUAUAUAGUGGGAUAUAUGGCUGUGGUGACUGAGGGCUCCCGCUCACUUAGGUUUGUGUCUCUUGGUAACUGUUUACCAAAAUUGCCUCCCACAACUGUGAUAUUCUGUGUCUACUGCAGUCCACUCUGGUGAAAAAAGACAAUGUUUAACUACUUACAAUUCUUACUCUCUUUUCUCUCUUGUGUGGGACACCAUCUUACAAUCAAGUAUCCAGACCUAUAACUCUCCUCUUGAGACCCCAAAGCCUGCCUUGGACUUGGUUUAGGAAAUAGGAUUCUGGAAAUUUGACAUAGACAAGUCUCGUCAGCUGGCUUAGUGCAAGCUAUGCCAAUGUGUUUGUUUGAAUAAAACUUUAUUUAUACUGAUACUUCCAUUGUGAGGAUCACUAAUCUUGGCUCUGAAUGUAAGAUGGGCCUUGGGACAAUCAUCUUCAGUUUUCUCUAUGAGAGAGCAGGAGAGCUAGACAGGGCCGUGACAGGUUCCUAGUAGCCCUACCAGAGACCAGGCCUUAGGUUUGGUUUACUGGAGCUGGCUGGAGCUGAGCAAGCAGUUCUUGGGAAAACCACAACUCAGAGGCAACCAAUCAGCAGAUGUCCCACAGCCUUCUGCUAGCUAAAGAUAGCUUUCCCUACCCUGCUGCUGGGGAGUCCCCUAACUGAUAGAGCCACCUACCGAUCCUAUAAACUUAUUGUUUAAACCCACCAAUCAGUACCCAGACUCAUCUCUCCUCCCUGGAAUUCCCCUAACCUUGCUUAAAAGGAGCCUGUGAGUUUCUCUCGGGGUCACCAUUUGCCACUUUGUCAGAUGGUUAGAUCCCAACAUGUUGGUAAUUUUUAAUAAAUGCCCUUGCUAAUUACA